UAUUCGAUCCGUAUGGAAGUUCCCGGUUUCGAUGUUCAUCGCGAACAUCAACCCCAUGGAAGCCUCAUUCAAAGCUUCUUUGCUGUCUGUCCUUCACAGAAAACGUUAACAACCUCUGCAGCAACUGACUUCGAUAUGGAGUCAUGGGAUGGAAACUCGUCAUCUCCUCAACACCCUGAUUCCGGCAUUUUCUCCAACAGGUUCUCGCCCAACACUCAAAUCCAUCUUUUCUCGCCCAACGCAUCGUCUCCGAGCAACGAAGACGAGGCAAGAGUGUGUCAGCAGAGCAUCGUCUUCGAUGAGAAGAGGCUGAGGAGAAUGAUAUCGAACAGGGAAUCCGCGAGGAGAUCGAGGAUGAGAAAGAAGCAGCAGAUUGAAGAGCUUCAAUCACAGGUUAAUCAACUUCAAACUGUUAAUCGUCAGCUUUCGCAAAAGGUGAUCAAUCUGUUGGAGAACAACCAUGAGAUUCUCCAAGAGAAUACUCAGCUCAAAGAGAAAGUUUCUACCCUUCACGUGGUGCUUUCUGAUGUGUUUGCGCCUCUCAGGAAUUCAAAUGAUUCCUCCAUGAAACCUAAAUCAGAUUCUUAGAGAUGCUAAUAUAAGUAUCAUCUAAUUCGGGGUAUACAUAUACAUAUACAAAACGAGUUUUUAAGGUUAAAAUGGA